CCCCGUCUGGGGCUCGCCAGGGGGAGGCUCCCCGAGGGCCCAAAAUGGCGUCCGCGGCCUCAGCCCCGCUCCUGCUGCCGGCGGCAGUUGAACCGCGGGCCUCGCGCCUGUGGCGGGAGCGGUGAGACCGCGCGGGCCGAACCGGCGCUGCCCGAACCGGCGCUGCCCGAACCGGCGCUGCCCGAACCGGCGCUGCCCGAACCGGCGCUGCCCGGGAUGAGAGCGCCGGGCUGGCUGCGGUGCGGCCACCUGCUGCCUUGCAGGACCCGCCGUGGUCCGUGGGUUCGGGAAACAGCAGGGACGUGGGUUUUGUUCUGAUAGUCUGAGUUCAGAAGCGAGUGUAAGAAUAAAAGCCCUGUGAAUGGAUCAGAAUGGCAUAACCAAUCUCUUUUAUAUGUUAUUUAAAAUAACACAUAAUGUUUGGGGCUCUUUUGCUGGAUUGGAGUUAACUGAGCCCUUGCUCACGCUCCAGACAACCUUGCUAGAGGCACCAGGAAGAACCUGCCAGGGAAUGAGAUUUUGCUGCAGGGCUUCCAGCUCAGCCGUGCCCUCUGAAACAGCCACAUCAGCCUGUCUGCAGCCUCCUGCUUCACCUUCCAUCAACUCUGCUCCUCUGACAUGCCACAUCCCUCUCCCACCUGAGAAAAAUACCUUCCCUUGGGUGAAUAGUUCAGUUCCUUUUCCUGGGAUUGAGAACCUCAACUUCCUGACCCUGGAAAUAAGGAACACAAAGUUUACUGUUUAACUGCUCUCAUCUUCAAAUUAAUCUGUUUGAUAACAAGCAAAUAGUCAUGGGAGGUUAUUAAAGGGAACAGGAUCCAGAAAACAAGUGGCACAGUGGAAGAGGACGAAGGCCAGGAAAGCAUGGUGGGUUCCCACACUGUGCAGAGGGACUGAGGCUGACAGAGCAGCUUUGCUUUCCUUACCCUCCUUUGCAAUAACUGUUUAUAAUUUUGAGAGAUCACCUGCAUGAGCAAAAUAAGUUCUAAUACAAAGUGAUUGUAUCCCUGUAGGAAGAGCUAGUGAGGUGUGUGCACCUGAGCUGGCUGCAGGUUAAAAUCGGGCUGCCUCGCCGGGGCUGUUUGAACUGUGUGGAACGUGUAUUACAGUGCUGCGGAUCACACAGUGAGGACACAGACAGUCUUACCCUGCCCAGACGCCACAGCAGUUGCUCCAGCACAAGAAGUGGCUCUACUGUGAGCAGUCCCGGGUGCCCUGGCAGCGCGGUGCGCCGAGCGCUGUCCCCUAUGCGCUACCUCCUGAGAGCACGGCGUGAUGGUCAGCAAGUGAGGCAGAUGAAGUUCCUCUAAAUGCUGAUCAAGGUCACUGUGGUGCCAGCAAGAGAGGUGGCAGCCAGUCCUGUCUGUCUGUCUCAGCACUGUGUCAAACUGUAAGCUGCAGACUGACCUUAUCAAACUGCAGGUGUGGGGCCCGUUAGGCCUAAUCUUGGGACUCUCAGGAGAUAAGGAUGAUCUGGCUUUUCUGUGUUGGGAGGACUUUUGGGGAUAGGAUGUUUUUGGCUGGCAGUGGGGUUGCUUCCUGCUCUCAUCCUGGAAGCUCUGUGUCCGUCAGACAUGGCACAAAGACAGGGGUAGCUACAAAUGUGAGAUCUGUUACAUUGCUUGGGUUUUUGCAUGCUCGUUAGUGUUGCUGGGGCCUCAGUCUGUUACAAAUCAUUCUGCUGUAGUCACUUUUUAUUACCAGCAAUUAGGGUAAUAGCAAAUAAUUAACAAUGAAUCACAGGAACCUUUUCAUAGUGGAAGUUGUUCCUCACUUUUCUCCCCAUUACAGACAGCUGAGAGGAUUUUUAAACCUUGUGUGCAAUUUGGUGGUUGGUUUGUUGGGUUUCUUUUUGUUUGUUUGUGGUUGGGUUGGUGUUUGUUGUUGUUGUCGUUGUUGUUUUAAUUUCUUUUUUUUAAAAAACCUGAGAAAUAAAACCAGCUGCCUAGCCUGCCAUUUGCUUUUAUUUCCUGCAGCUGAGCUGUGUCCUUUUUAGACCAGCUGAUGGAGAAAGCUAAUGGUAGCUGAGGAUUGGGUAUCGUCUGUGUUUGCCUGUGCUGGGCUCUGGAGGUGAUCACAAUUCUUUAUCUCCAGCUCAUUUAUGCCCAUUUGAGGAGCUCUCUGUCUUCAAGAUUCAGCAGCAAAGGGUCCAGGGAGCUAAGGCAGAGAGAAGAGUCACAUCUUUUCUUCUCCAAGGGCCAGGUUGCUGAAUUAAUGUGGGAGGUAACCCUGGCAAAUUCUGUGAUCUGGUUCAUACUUGAUCCUCAUAAUUCUUGGAGUUGUAUCACUGUAAAUUAGAUUAAGAGUGAACACAGUAUAUUUAAUUCUCACUUGUGGUGUGUCCUUUAGCAGUAGCUAAUUUCAGAGCUUUACUAGAGCCAGCCUAUAGCUGGAUGCUCUUUGCCUGCCUGUAGGCAUCAGUGUUAGUGUGGGUGCUUGUGUGAUGAAUGCAGGAUAGCCUUUUGGUCUGUUCUCAUUUUGACUUCAGUCCAUGACUCACCUUUGAAAACAAUAACUUCAGUGUGAAAACUAGAACGGGACAGGACAGGGUGUAGCUCCUUAUUGCUGCCUGCAUAUCUUGAGCUUGUGCAGUAACGCUCUGAUCGCUAUCGCCCUGCAAUUAUUUCUUAUUGCUGCUUCACUACCACGCAUGUCAGCAAAACGAGAUCAGAGAGCACUGGUGGUUGCCCUGUUUCUGUCUGAAAAAGUGGCUGGACAAGCCAGUGCGAUUCAUGUGUAAGUAGUAUGAAAUAAGAGUGUUCAUAUUGCAGCUGUGGUUAAUAUAGUAACAGGGAAUGUUAGUUGCAGAUAUGUCCCCAGAGAUGGCAGUGACCUCACUUCCUUACAGCGUUAUCUAGAUCUUUAUUGCUGUAUCACAUUAUUGCCUCAGGGACAUGGUUUCAGUUUGGAGCAGUGUGCACGCUGCAGCUGGGUGCCUGGGAGUUGGGCUCAGCUCUGUGAGUUCAUUGCUCCACAGCUGUGGUGGGAAGAGCCGGGGAGAGAUGCCUUUCAAGCAAAGAAAGAGGGUGAAGGUGCAGUGUUUCUGUACAGGAUUCUCUUUGGGAUUUGGGAUUCUAUUUUCAGAUCUAUCACAAGCCUGUUGUUGCAUACCAGAUGGAGUAUCAAAUCUUCUCUCUCAAUUUAUCUGUCAGUCAAAAGAUAAUAAUGUAGGAGAGAACUGUAGGAUCUGAUAAUUUUUUCCUGUGAAAACUGCAGUGUUUCAGAGGAAAUCCUGACCUGUAGUCACAUUACUGCACACCAAGACACGGCAUGGAAAGUACUGCAUAGAGUGGGAGUAGGUGGGAGCAGACCAUAGAAAGUCACUCUGCAGCUAAAAGAGCUGCUGUGCAGUCCAUGCAGGUGACAGUCUGUCAUUUGAAUGUUUUCUGUGCUGCUCUUGUAAUGCCCGUGAGCUGGUAGGUCACUAACUGCUUUUGAAAUGUUUCUGUUCUGUUAUGGCCACUGAUACUUGAAAGAAAGAGUGACUGUUGUAGCUUGGCUAUCAAGGCAACACAAGUUGCUGCAGAUUGGCAAUGGAAUAAAUUUAAGAUUUCACAGUAUUUGGGAGCUGGUUACAUUGCUACAUGGGAAUCUUGUCAUCUCAUUUACGCUGGUUGACCCAGCAGAAGCUCCACUGAAACUGUUUGGUUUAGAUUGCAGUCAGGUUAGUAUGCAAACGGGUAUGUGCCCACUGUGGUUUGCAGCUGGAAUUGCACGUCCCAAGCAUGGGCUGGCCCUGGCUACAGGGCUGCAAGCUGCUCCCAUGCUGUGUCACUGGGUGCUGGGGGUGCCUGCAGCACGGCAGGGUCUGAUGGGAUUGUCACUGUCUUUCCCCACGCAGGCUGAAGGGAAGGCGGUGCUGAUAACAGGAUGUGACAAAGGUUUUGGACAUGCCUUGGCAAAACAGCUCCACGCAAAGGGAUUUACUGUUUUUGCUGGAUGCUUGCUUGCAGACAAGAAUGGAGAUGGAGCCAGGGAGCUGAAGACCAUGAAGUCGGAUCGCAUGCAGGUGCUACAGAUGGAUGUCUGCAGUGACCAGGAGGUGGCUCAGGCUGUGGAUUUUGUGAAGAGAACCCUGAAGGAGCCAGAGGGAGGUCUGUGGGGCCUGGUGAACAAUGCUGGCAUCUCAACCUUCGGAGAAGUGGAAUUUGCAACUUUAGACAACUACAAGAAUGUGGCAGAGAUCAACCUGUGGGGCACUGUGAGGGUGACAAAGGCUUUCCUGCCCCUCAUUCGCAGAGCUAAAGGCCGUGUGGUGAAUAUCACGAGCAUGUUGGGACGGAUGGUGAGUCCAUCUCGCUCCUGCUAUUGCAUUUCCAAGUUUGGGGUGGCAGCCUUCUCCGACUGCCUCCGGCAGGAGAUGUACCGCUGGGGUGUCAGAGUCAUCCUCAUCGAGCCCAGUAACUUCGUGGCAGCAACGGGCAUCCUGACGGCAGAUGGCAUUGACAAGCAGGCUGAGGCACUGUGGAGCGGAGCCAGCGACACCGUGCAGGAGGACUAUGGGAGGGAGUAUUUCACUCGCCACGUGGCCCUGAUGAAGUCCUUCAUCAACAGUGGCCUGAAGGACAUGUCUCUGGUCUUGAAUGACAUCACCGAUGCACUCACUUCCACGCACCCAAACAACCGUUACAACCCCAUGGAGACCUACUGGUGGGUGAGGCUGCAAGUCAUGACUCACCUGCCCACUGCCAUUGCCGACUGGCUUUAUGUCCCAGGAGCCACCUUGUGAAUGGCCAUCCCUCAGGCACCCUGCCAGUGCUCGUACAUAGGCGCAGCUCAGAGCUGACCUAGGACUGUCUGCACCCACUGCUGAUGCACCUUCCCUGUAGAUACAUGAGCUUUCACUUUGGGUUAUGGCUUCAAGUCUUGCAUCGUGGGAUGCUGAGAACAGCGUGACAUUUUUGUUUGUUUUUUGUUUUUCUAAUUCUUGCUCUUUGUAUUCCUUGCUGUCCUGAUUAAAGUUGAAAGGUGUUUACCUUUUAACUGUGGAGGACAGAGAUGAAAGUUAACAUAAUGGUUCAAAUAUGUGGCUAGUGUAAUUAGGUCAGCAGAGUUCCCCCAGUGAUAAAUUUGGUGCAUUAAUGGGCUCUGCUCUCGCUUUUCCCUACAAGGACAGGCUGCUAAUAGCAGAGCAAAGCUGUUGCUAUGAGAUGUCUCGAAGGGAGAAACUAAAAUGGGAAACAAAAGCAGCAUUUUCCAUUUGAUUGAAAAUGGGUCAGUCACAGCCUUACGUUGUUUUCCUGAUGCAGCUAGAAAGCUCUGCUGCGCUGUGUCUCCUUUUUCCAGGAAAACAGCACCACUGCCUCCAAACAGCCUCAUUACCUAGCUUGGGGGUUCAGAUCCCUGCCAAGAAGGGUUCUUCCCUCCCAGCACUGUGGCCAGGAGCUGCCAGAGCCAGCGGCUGCAAACUGGCUGGGCAAGGAAAAGCCCUUCUAAUGGGGAGUGAAGUCUGAGCCAUCCCUUGGUCAGUCCCCAUGGGCACUGGGAGUUGCAGCCUCUCUACCCACUACUGAGGAGCUUUGCUGGACGGGCUUGAAUCUGAUGUAGCAAACAAAUUGACUCCUCUGAUUUCUGCCUUAAAUACCCGUGCCUGAACUACCCAGCUGUGGCACAGACACUGCCCAGCUGUCCCUCUGCUUCCCCCAUGUCACUGCCCUGUGCGCAGCUCCCUCUUGCCAAGCUGCUCUUGCGUUCCUGAAUCAGAUAUUUGGUUUCAUCUCCUCUGCACUUGCACAGUGACAGGGGCACUGUGCAGCCAGUGUGGACUGACUAUGAGCUCUGGACGGGUGCUUUAAGUGGCACAUUUCCUUUUUUUAAUAUUGCACAAUGAAAUUUCCAUGUCACAUGUGAUUGUCUCCUCAGAGAACUUCCUGAUAACUGGUAUGAGCUACUUUUGCACAGUAUCCCCAAGGGUCUCUCCUGUUGGCCAUAUAUAGGGAUUUUGAUCAUUUUUCCAAGUCCUGGGGCUGCCUGGCUGCACACACAUUCCCUCUGUCCCAGUGGUGGCCGCAGGCAGAGCAGCCAGCGGCUGCGGGAGCUGCUGGCCAGGCUGGGACCCACCCUCUCCUCAAGGGACCAGCUUCCCUUCUACUGCUAAACUUCCUUCUGCUUUGUCCUAUGGGACAUAAAGUGACUAUGAAAAGAGCUUAUGGUUUGGGCUUUUGACACCUGUCCCUGCCAGGUCUGACUUGGAAACUGUGCCGUAAACUUUUUUAUAUGCUGCUGGCUGUGAAUGCUUGGGGUCUGCAUGCAGCCGUGAAUGCUGUGAUACCUGAGGAAGAAAACUGGCUUCCCUUGGAGAUGCUGUGGAGGUAGUUUGUAUCACAAUUAACAACUGCUGGAAAUGUUGGCCAUGCAGUUCUUUUCUAUUCCAGAUCAUUAGGACGUGGAGAUUUCCUGGGAUCCAUGACUUAGAACGAUCCCACUGAACUGCAGCUGAAGCAGUGUUGUAAUCGCUUCUGCCCCUUGCACUGUGAAAUGUGAGUAAUGUUAAGUAGCACUGAUUUGCACAAAGAGAAGAAUAAACUGUGAGAUUUGUAAAGCA